CACCACCCGGUAUAAGUUCAUAAUAAUAUAAUAAACUUCGAUGCACGCCAUGAAGCGAAACGAGACAACGUUGCCGCAUCUUACACUCUUUUAAUAUAAAAUUAUUAAAAACACACUGGUAAUACCGUGAAAAAUAAUCGGAUUACUGAUGAAUGCGGUUCUAUUGGCAACGUUGCCGACAGAUUCAGGUUUUAGAGUAAAAUAAGUCUCGGCGAUUCCUUAAACAGGGGUCCGAGCCAAUUUGAAAUAAUUGAAAUAUCUGAAAUAUGACCGGCGCUUUCGCCAAUUAUUAAGAAUUAUUUCAAAUCGCACCGAGGUGCGGAUUUGUUGUGUUAAAAUAUAUGCGCCUUCACCAAUCUAUUAGUAUUAUUAUUUCAAAUUGUCCCAGACAUCGGUUUAAGGUUUCUUAGAUUCACUCGCCUGGAAUGUAUAUUAUGCGGUGUGAUUUUAUUAAAUUUUGGUAGAUAAGAACUUUGUGUUAUUUCAGUGUUGAAUGCGUAUUUGGAAAGCGGUUUUGUUUUGUUUUAUUUGGGUGGCGUUUAGUGUCGUAGUAAGAUGAAUACGGUGUGAAUGUCUUUGUGCCCUUUAUGUAUUACUGCGUCAAACGUGAACUUGGACCACGCCCUCCAGUUCCUUAGGGAAUACGACUCGGAAGCCUCGGGGAUGUGUUUCAGGGUAAGCUCCGCCCAGUGGGCGUAUUCCACCAACAUGACCGAUUUUAACAAACGGCGCAUGAUCGAAGAGCAAACUUUAAAGGCGAAAUUUGACAAAGUCACUUGGAGAAAAGCUAUGGAAUUCGAUUGGGAUCAUAUAUCCGAUCCUGUCGCUAGGAGGCAGCUCAGAAUGCUGAUCGCUAGGAAUAGGGCGUCGCUGUCCGAUGAGAAAUAUAAUGAGAUUCACCAUUUGAUCUCGGAAAUGAAAGAUCUAUACGCCCACGUGAGAAUAUGUCCGUACACACCAGAUCCGCACGGUCAGGAGGCCACCUACUGCGACCUGGACCUCUCGGACAUCCAGCGGAUUAUGGCGAAAUCCAGGAACCACCUGGAGUUGCUCCAUAUGUGGAAGGAGUGGCACGAUAAAACCGGCCCGCCUAUGAAGAACAAAUUUAUGCGAUACGUGGAUCUGGCCAAUCAGGCGGCCAUUAAAAACGGGUUCUCACAUGCCGGAGAAGAGACUUCCUUCGUAUAUGAAACCGCCGAUUUCCAAGACGAAUUGGUCGAAACCUUCCGGAAAAUCCUGCCGUUGUACAAGGAGUUGUUCGCGUACGUGCGAUCCAGACUUUACAAGAAAUACGGUCCGGAGGUGGUGAGACCAGAUGGGCCCCUGCCCGCCCAUAUUCUGGGCAACCUAUGGGCCCAGGACUGGAGGAACAUUUAUGAUAUCGUAGCGCCAUAUCCAGAGUAUGGCGGCCUCGAUGUUACCGGGGAAAUGUUGCAGCAAGGAUUCACUCCUUUGAGAAUGUUUCAAAUGGCCGAAGAAUUUUUUACUUCGCUGGGUUUGAAACCGAUGCCCCCGGAAUUCUGGAGGUGGUCGAUGAUCGAAAAACCGAACUCGAGGAAGGUGCAGUGCACCGCCAGCGCCUGGGAUUUUUGUAAUAAAAUCGACUUUCGGAUAAAACAAUGCACGGAAGUGAACAUGGAGAACCUGAUCUCGACCCAUAGGGAAAUGGCGCAUAUCGAGUACUACAUGUACUACGCCGAACAACCGUAUCUGUACAGAGACGGCGCCAAUCCGGGUUUCCACGACGGUGUCGCCAACGCGGUACUUUUAUCGGUGUUCAACCCGAUCCACCUGUACAGGAUCGGCCUUAGUAACAACAGCACCGACCUCUACGAGAGAAACAUCAAUUUUUUAAUGCUGAUCGCGUUGCAGAAGGUCGCCUACGCUCCAUUCGCUUAUUUAAUAGACUUAUGGCGUAACCAAAUAUUCGAACGGGGAGUUAAUAAAAUGAACGCGGAAUGGUGGAGCAUGCGCCUGAGGUACCAGGGCGUGGUGCCGCCGGUGGGACGCGCCGCCGACGCCCACUUCGACGCCGCCGCGAAACGUCACGUCGCAGCCGACGUCGCCUACGUCAAGUAUUACGUCGCGUUACUGUUGGAGUUUCAGAUUUACGGGAACAUGUGCGACGCGGCUGCGCAUAAGGGACCGUUGCACACCUGCGACGUUUACAGGUCACGGGAGGCCGGGAGAGUGCUCAGUGAUAUACUUCGGGUGGGUAAAGCACGCCACUGGAAAGACGUACUGAAAAUGCUAACGAAAGGGCGUACGGACAAACUGUCAGCUGACCGGAUGAUCGAAUACUUCAAACCGUUGUUGCUAUGGUUGCAGAGUAGCAACAGAAACGAGCCGGUGAUCGGUUGGAUGACGAGCAAAGAGGACCUCGCCCUUUACCAACCGUUGGUGAAAAACGGCCAGGGGCGUACCCAUUUUAGUUUUAUUAAUUCUGUGAUAGUUCUGUUGUUAUGGGUAGUAGUAGUUUAUCAGAAAUAAAAACACGUGAUUUUAA